CCUGGACGUGUUUCAGGUCCUCGAGGAUCUCCAGGUCACGGGCCGUCCGCGCGGUCCCCCGGGUGGCGAGCCCCUGAGACCACCGGGGUGUCCUUUCGUCCACGGCUCCACCCCUCGCGGGGAGUCCUCGUGAUAAGAGUACCAGAGCCCGAACUGGUCGGACCGCAUCCGGAGGACCAGGACCACGUCGAUCGACGCGAGCACCUCGACGAGGCAAACAUCGAGCCCAUGCAGCGAGAGCCGUCCCAGAUCGAAAAAGAUUACAAGAAGUCGGCGUGCGACAGGGAAAGGACGCGUAUGCGCGACAUGAACCGCGCCUUCGAGUUGCUGCGCUCGAAGCUGCCGAUUUGCAAGCCCCCCGGCAAGAAACUGUCCAAGAUCGAGUCCCUGAGGCACGCGAUAACGUACAUUAGACAUUUACAAAGCCUGUUGGAACCGCGACCGACCUAUGAACCGGCAGUUCGGCCUGCAACCUGUUAUGGAUCCACGUCCUUCGACUCGCAUCAGCAUUACACUCGGUGGGAGUCCUUCGCUUAUUGUCGCUACGAUUGUCACGCUCCUUUCGCCACACCUCCAGCACCGAUGCAUCCCUCGGUGCAUCCUGCGACGCAUCCUGUACAUGAUCCAAUACACGAUCCAAUGCACCCCCCGACCUCCAAGUCUCCGUACUGAUGCAGAUCCCCAGCUCCUAGUCGAAGAAACGGGUGUCUUUCCAAGUGUCUUAAAAAUAAACCGUCCACCUCCUGCGGAUGUCUGUUUUUCCUUGUUCACCUUAAUGUCU